GGUCCUGUGAUGACAGCUCAUGGAUUACGACAGCUCCCUGGAACGGAUGAAAUUGCAGAAAGAAGUCAAAAAGGGGAAAAGGGAGAGAAGGGAGAGGCUGGAGUUCAAGGACCUCAAGGCUUCAAGGGAAACGUCGGGCCGCCAGGACUAAAGGGAGAUCAAGGACCAGAGGGAAGGGAAGGUCUUCUUGGACCUGCUGGACUCCCAGGACUCCCGGGCGAGCCAGGCUCGCCGGGGGACCCGGGGGUGCCUGGGAGAGAUGGUCUAAAAGGAGAAAAGGGGGACUCUGGAGGGAUGAUUGGGCCACCGGGGCCUAAGGGUGAGCCAGGGGAACCUGGUGGUGGUUACAUGGGCGAUGGGUUGUCUCUGAGCAGAGGGUCCCGUGGGCCGAAGGGUGAGAGAGGUAUUCCAGGACUGCCGGGAGACCAUGGCGAGAAGGGAGAUCCCGGUGAAGGUGUCGUAGGCCAGCCUGGCCCCGUGGGACCCCCAGGCAAGCCAGGAAUUCAGGGUAUCCGUGGACCUCCGGGUUUAUCCGGCCCCCCUGGAGCUCCUGGAAGAGAGGGCUCCCCCGGGAGACCAGGUCUACCAGGCCCCGCAGGACCUCCAGGUGAACCAACUGCCCUGCCAAUUGUUGGAGACAUGGGUGCCUUGCUAAAGAAUGCCUGCAGUUUGUGCCAGUCGAAGGUCCCGGGGCUUCCUGGGCUGAAGGGAGAGAAGGGAAACCCUGGAGUCCAAGGAGUGGAAGGCCUGGUGGGAGAAAAGGGUGAUCCAGGUGUGAGAGGUCCAAUGGGCAAUCCUGGGAAAGAAGGCCCAAAGGGAGUGAAAGGGGAGCGAGGGUUCCCAGGCCCCACUGGAGAUAAAGGCGAUGAGGGGCCUCCAGGAGUGCCAGGGCUUCCCGGGGUGACAGGUCGAACAGGGGCCCCGGGGCUCAUGGGUAGACCCGGUCCGAUGGGUCAGUCAGGACCUAAAGGAGAUAAAGGGAAUGAAGGACCCCCAGGCAGACCAGGACUUCCAGGUCCACCAGGUGUACCGAUAGUGGAGGGCACCGGGAUGAGCAGUCUCUACAAGCUGCAGAGUGGUGGAGCUAUUUUAGGACCCCCUGGAGCGCCCGGUGCUCCGGGCCCCAAAGGAGAUGAAGGACUGGCCGGGGAUCCAGGGGCCAUGGGGUUACCUGGGCUUGAAGGGUUACCUGGUGCCAAGGGUGAUACUGGUUUGCCAGGUCCACUUGGAGCACCAGGCCCUGUAGGGAAACCCGGCCCGCGUGGAGAGCCAGGGAUCCCAGGAGAGCCGGGUGAGAGAGGGCCGCUCGGAGAGACAGGAUUCCCAGGGCCCGAGGGACCCCAAGGUGUCGCUGGGAGACCUGGAAAAGAUGGAACUCCUGGAUACAAGGGGGAUUCUGGGAGACCAGGUGAUAGAGGAUCCAAGGGAGAGCGUGGUGAUCCGGGAAUUCCUGGAGAAAGGGGCGUUCAGGGUGAGAGAGGUCGCAUGGGAGAAGCUGGUGCAGUUGGACCAAUUGGACCACCGGGUGAAAAAGGUGAUCCUGGCCCUCCAGGCAAGUUGGGUGCUGUCAGGCUUUUGGAUGAUCCCAGCUUCACAGAGGAACUCAGACAGUUUAUCCGAAAUGAAGUUUGGAGGAUUUUUGAAGAGAAAGUAUCGAGUGGCGCCGUGCUACAGAAGACCCCUGCAGGCAUCUUGGCUCAACAGAUGCAAGGGCCUCCAGGACCUCCUGGUCAGAAUGGAUUACCAGGCCCACCAGGAGAGCCUGGACCUCCUGGACAGCAAGGAUACAGAGGUCAGAAAGGAGAACGAGGCCAGCUGGGGCUGGGGUUACCAGGAGAUCCAGGACCCAUGGGGCCCCCCGGUCCUCCUGGGUUCAGCUCUGAGGGCCCUCCUGGCUUUCCAGGCCCCCGCGGACCUCCUGGGAAGUGUGACCCCAGUGACUGUCUUCCUCCAUCCUACUGA